AUGUUUGGAAAUUUAGAAGUUUUAGUGAUACUAAUCAUUAUCUUACAUUAUAUAAAUGUUGCAAAAUGUUCUAAACAUGAUGUCGAUACAAAAAAUGGUAAGCUUGAAGGAACAGAAUAUAAUCAAAAUGGUAUAAAGUAUAUUAAAUUUCUUGGAGUUCCUUAUGCUAAACCUCCGACUGGUGAUUUACGUUUUAAGUCACCUCAAGCUUUAGAUGAUAAAACAAAUUUUAAACAAAUGAAAAGUGGAAACACUGUUUGCGUUCAGAAAAGUUCUUCUGGUAGUUACACAGGUACCGAAGACUGUUUGUAUUUAAAUAUUUACACUCCAAGUUUAAAACGUGAAAAUCUAGGAUAUCCAGUAAUGGUAUGGAUACAUGGUGGAAAAUUUAAUUCCGGUUCUGGAAAUAUAGAUCCAAGUGAUUUGGAGCAUGAACAAGUCAUUGUGGUAUCAAUUAACUAUCGAUUGGGUGUUUUUGGAUUCCUGAGCUUGCAAAGUGGAGAAAUUCCAGGAAACAUGGGCCUUAAAGAUCAGAUGAUGGCUUUGGAUUGGAUUCUGGAAAACAUAGACAAGUUUGGGGGAGACAAAUAUUCAAUAACAUUAUUUGGUACUGAUGCUGGUGCUGCAAGUAUACAUUAUUUAUUAAUGUAUGGAGGAGCUAGACAUAAUUUUAAUAAAGCAAUAAUGCAGAGUGGAUCUGCAUAUAGUCCUUGGGCUUUGCAGAAUAACGUUUUUGAGCAUGCUAAAUUAUUCUUAACUAAUUUGGGUCUUUAUCCCAAAAGCCAAAAUGAACCAAGUAAACCAAAAGAAGAAGUGCGAUCAAAAAAUUACGAUUUCAAAAGUUUCGACACAAGCAAAAUAUUUUAUGCUGCCGAGAAAGUACUCUCCUCUGAUAAUAAACUGCAACAAAUUGAUCCUGUUUUUGCUCCAGUUAUAGAACUGAAUACUUCCAGAGAUGCAAUAAUUAACAAAACGACUGAUGAAGCAAUGAAUAAUUUAAAAACCAACACCGUAAAGUGGCGUCCCAUUAUAUUAGGAUUUAAUGAUGCUGAAGGAAUUGAAGUGCUAAAUUAUGAGAAAAAUCUUCAAUCUAAUUGGAUGGAUGACAACAAUUUAGAUAAAUAUUUACCCAGAAAAGUUUCUAAUACUAAAGACAAUAAUGUAGAAGGUAAAUCAAUCAAUGAAGCUUUGAUUGAUGAAUAUAAAUUGGAUCAGAACGAUACCUAUCAAGAACAUUUUGUUAAAAUGAUGGGUGAUGCUUGGUAUACUUUUGGAAUUUACAAAACAGCAGAAAAAAUGAUUAACUUAAGAGACAGUUUUAAUACUUAUGUAUAUAGAUUUUCUAUAAGCGAUAGCAAAUUAAAAAAUAAAUUGUGCGAUGAAUGUAAAAAAAUUACUGGUGCUAAUCAUGGAGACGAAGUUAAAUACAUAUUUAAUAGUAAUGAAAUUGCAGACUCGAAUAAAGAGAAAUAUAAAAAAAUAGUUAAACUUUGGACUAAUUUUGCAAAGUAUAAAAAUCCAACUACAUCAAGUGCGUGGUACAAAGUAGAUGGUUUCGAUAAUUUGUGGAAAAACUUUCAUGAUGAGCAACAUUAUUUCGAUCUUAAUGAUUUUUCAAUGCAUGAUUUUAGUGCGUCCGAAUUUGGACGAUUGAAAAAGUGGGAAAAAGUUUAUGAGGCUAGUCCCAAGAGCCCUGGACCCUUUACCUAUCGUGAUGGAAGUAAAAACGACCCAAAUAUAUGUGUGCAAGCGCCAACAUCUACAUCUUCUCCAGUAGGAAAUGAAGAUUGUUUAUAUCUAAGCAUUUAUACACCCAGCGUACCUACAUCAGAAAAACAUGCAAAACUGCAAAAUCCAAAAUAUCCAGUGAUGGUAUGGUUUCAUGAUGGUAAAUUUGAUAAAGGUUCUGGAAAUGUAAAACCAGAUUAUCUAGUUCACAAAGGUGUUAUUGUGGUUACCGUAAACUAUCGUCUCGGUGUAUUUGGAUUUUUAAGUUUCGGAAACAAAGAGCUACCUGGCAAUAUGGGCUUAAAGGAUCAGAUUGCUGCACUCGAAUGGAUCAAAAAAGAAAUACCUAAAUUUGGCGGAGAUGAAACAAAAAUUACAGUGUUUGGAAGUGGAGCUGGUGCUGCAAGUAUACAUUAUCUAUUACUUUGCAAACAAUGUAAAGGUUUAUUUCAGCGAGCAAUUUUGCAAAGUGGAUCAGCUUACAAUCCAUGGGCAAUGCAAUAUCAACCGAAAAAUAGAGUGAAUGAUAUAUUCAAAAAGUUCCAAUUGGGAGAAUUCAAGUCAAAUAAGACAGAUAUAUACAUAGAAUUGUUACAACAAGACACUAAUGAUAAUUAUAAAAGUGCCGCAGUAUUCAAAGCUUCUACAGAUAUAAUAAAUAAUGAUGAUAAAAUUAGAGGAUUACCGAUAUUUUCACCAGUUAUUGAAUCACCGGAUUCUGUAGGUGCAGUUAUAACAGAAACUCCGAAAAAUAUGAAUUAUUUAAAAGAGAAAUCUAAUGUACAAGUAAUGAUUGGUUUUAAUUCGAAAGAAGGUAUCAAUUUAGCAACUGAACAUUACCAAACUAUUAAUACAGCUGAUGAAGUAUUAGGGCUCUUUAUUCCAAGAAAAGAAAACAUUGACAAAACAACUCAAGAUGAAAUUACCAACUUAAUAAAACAACAAUAUGUCACUGCAACCGAAAACCAAAAACUUUUAGAAGAUUUUGUGAACUUAGUAGGCGAUGCUCAAUAUAUUCAUGGCAUAUAUAAUACAGCAAAAGACUUUGCAAGUAGCGGAAUAACAACUUACUUUUAUAGAUUGUCUUAUGACAAAUAUAGUUCAUAUAAACAAAGCCAUGAAUAUAAAACAUCAUCUAAAUAUAAAUCAUUCAGUGGAGUGGCACAUGGGGAUGAACAAGCAUACCUUUUUAGACCCAAAGAUGGUUUUUUGGGUGCUCCUGCUAAUCAUCUUCCUGAUGAUGAAACAAAAAGGGUUCAAAGUAACAUAUUGACGUUAUGGACUAAUUUUGCAAAAACAGGAAAUCCCACAAUGAAUGGUGUAACCUGGAAUCGCUUCUCCGCUGGCAGUAAUAGUUAUUUGGACAUUAGCUCAUCAUUGGAGAUGAAAAAAAUGGAAGAAGAAAAUCGAAUGAAAACAUGGGAUACGAUUUCCAAUAAGCUCAAGGGAACGUAA